AUGAUGCACUAUUUGGCAACAACUCAGCAGGUUUCACGGUUUGGAGCCAAAUCCUUGGCAGAGGUAACAUCGGCUGCCACCCAAAACUUGGCUACCAGUAUACAUUGCAACAUUGGAAGCGAGAUCACAAAGAAGAGCACAAAAGCUGGCAAAGCCUGGUACAGACUUCUGGUCGGACUUACUCAAGGCACUCGCAAACAGUUUGAGAAUCACCCCAAUUACAAGCUUUUUGCCCCCCUUUUCUUUGACACAAUCGACAUGAUCAACCUGAGAGUCAUUUUUGUCCACAACCAGGACGUCUGCCGUCUCCUGACUCAGAACAGGGGGAAUCUCAUGAAGCAGGCGUUGAGGAUGAUGGUGGUUCGUUUAUUGGUCGCAACAGCUGGCGCCGCAGAGCAUAAAUGGGACCUAGGUGUAGCAAAAGCCGUUUUGAAGGAGACGGAAGACAGAUUCAGGGAACUGGGGCUCAACCAACGGUUUCAGGACUCCCAACAAAUCUACCCUGUAUACACAUCUCAAUUGACUUCAAAGCAGGUCUUGCUGUGGCUGGCCAAAGUGACCACUGCUACAGCAGGAGAGGAUGAGUGCGGUAACAGCUGGUUACAGUGGGUUGAAGACAGCCACAGUGUGAUGUUGGCUCCAUCUCCAAAUUUGGCCAGACUUGGUAACACUUUGGGAUCUUACUUGACAAUCAACAAUCAAGCUGGUGACUUCCAGAGCCCUCAUUUUAUCGAGUUGCAAAACACUAUCGCCGCUACGAUCACGCUUCAGGUGUCAGCCACAAAAACCAUGGAGGAGGUGCUGUGGAACCCUUACAAUGCAGAUUAUAUCAUCUCUUGCCACUACACCGUAAUGACAAGGAUGAAUCAAGCAGCAGGCGAAAGCUCUAGGUCGAUCCUGCUCUCUUGGCAGGGCUGA